AUGGCGACCGCCAGAGGGACCGGCUGUCCCUGGUGUGAUGCUGACGUCGAUUACUACGUUUCCCAGCAGUACUACUGCCACCAGUGCGAGCGGCCGGUGCUCCAGACGCCGCCGCCGCCGUCGUACGACGUCGUCUGCCCUCUCUGCUUCGGCGGAUUCUUGGAGGAGGAACAGCCAGGUAAUCCCGAGUUCGAGGCCGAACCCCAACCUCAUCCCGAGCCUGAACCUGACUCUGAGCCCGAAGCUGAUUCCAGCCUGCCACCGCGUGACGGAGAAAUCCGCAUCUGGCUCCGGAUCGUCGUGAUCCCCCCCCGGCCGGCCCGCCCCGCCGGCCCCCCCGUCCCAGCCCCCCCCCCCGCCCCCGACUUCCCCACCACGGUCUUGGAUCUGUUUCGCCGGCCACAUACUGAUGAUUUGACGGCGCCACCGGCGGCGAGAUCGGCCGUGGAGGCGCUGCCGGACGUGGAGGUCGCGGCGGAGGCGCCGUGCGCUGUCUGCAAGGAGACGCUCGAGGCCGGGGAGACCGCGAAGGAGAUGCCGUGCGGGCACGCGUACCACGCCGGCUGCCUCCUCCCCUGGCUCGACCUCCACAACUCUUGCCCCGUGUGCCGGUACGAGCUCCCCACCGACAAUCCGGACCAAGACCUCUGGAGGUUGGCGCUUCGCGUCACCGGCGGUCGCGCCAUCGCCAUUCUCGAGGAGGACCCGGAUUUCGAUUUCGAGGGGUUUGAAGAGGCAGCAGAGCAGGAGAUCCGGCUGGCGGAGGAGGAGGCACCACAGUGA